AUGAUAUUCAUGGAAGGCGUAGCGGGCGACAAAUGUGCUUCUUCUCCGGAGCAAGUGACGUCACAGAGCCAGGAUGUUAAAUUUGAAGGCCAGCUCAAGAGGGCGGUAUCUCGUUACAUUACAGUCGAAGUACCUCUCGCUCUAACAUGUGUCACUUAUCAACUGAUAACAACAAUGAAGGCUGAAUAUCUCCACGAUCGACUCUCAGCGAAAUACAAUCAUUCGCUGAUCCACAAUAGCUCAGCAUCGACGUGUGGGCCAAGCACAAAUUUAAACGAAAGCCACAUCGAAGAUAUGAUUCAGGCUGAAACCUCCACAUGGCUUCUCUACCUGGGUCUAGCGUAUUCCGUCCCGGGUGUUUUCAUGGUUAUUCUUCUCGGCUCCCUGAGCGAUAGUUUAGGCCGCAAGCCUGCUCUGUGUCUGAACAUCACAGGCUGCUGUCUAGUCUCCACGGUCUACCUGGGCAUUGUCUAUUACCAAGCGCCGGUCGAGUACUUGCUGAUAAGCGACUUCAUCUCCGGCGUGACCGGAGGACAAGCCUUGCUUCUGUCGACCGGUGCAGCUUAUGUGGCGGAUGUGACGUCAGAAAAGUCCAGGACGCCACGAAUCAUUUUUCUCGAGACAAUAUUCUUUAUAGGUAUGAUAUUCGGCGGUGCUGUCCUGGGUUGUAUUUUGAGUGAGAACUGGAUUCUUCAGCUGAGUUUCUGGAAUACCGCACUUUUUUUUCUUAUUAUUGCUCUAGCACAAAAAGGUUUUCAAUUAUUUAUUGCUGCCGGUAUCGGGGUGUUUAACGCCAUAUGUUUCCCUGUCCUACGAUCACAACUCUCCAAGCUAGCGACUGAACACGAACGGGGUCUGAUGUUGGCCUUUGUCGGAUGUAUGGAUAGUUUAGGGGCCUUAUUGACACCCAUCAUCCUUAAUAAUAUUUACUCAGAGACCGUCUCGUUUUAUCCACCUUUGGUCUUCUUCUUCAGUGCAGCGUUUCAGGUCAUCCCUACCGUCAGCGUCGGGUAAUUUGAUUUCUUACAAUCUCUCUCUCUCUCUCUCUCUCUCUCCUUUUCUCUCUCUC